AUGGAGACGCAUCCGCCCGAUUAUCAGUAUGAUAAUCUAGGUAUACCCAAUGUAGCACAAGAGCCAUUUCUAUCGCGCCCAUCAAAAUCGUUCGAAUUCAAAACCACAGACUGCCAGAAACUCCACGUCCUGGUAGCCGCCAACUGCGAGCGCGACAUCUCUAAAGCCGAGGCCUUGGUCGUGCGUUUCUUCGGGCACGCAAAAGUCGAAUGCAGAGCGAUAUGCGAUGAUCCUACAGCGAAGGCCCUGCGGUUCGCCCCUACUCUCGAGAACUCCCCGAGCAGUAUUAGCCGCGGCAUCAAUAAUGGCGAAGGCAGUGCCCAAGUUUGGGCCGAGUGGGCAGAUUUGUUGGUCCUGGCGCCCGCCAGUGCGGAUACAAUGGCAAAGAUGUUGAAUGGGAUAACAGGGACGCUUAUACUCGAUGUUCUAAGGGGUUGGGAUGUCUCGAAAAAGAUAAUACUGGUGCCGGGCAUGACGACAUCAAUGUGGGAGAAUCCCAUGACAAAGAAGCAGCUAUCGAAGCUGAGGGGGAAAUGGAACUGGGUCCGAGUGAUGCCGCCUAUUCUGUGGCAAUAUGACGAGAAGGGGGCAAAGAAAUGUCUCAUUCAAUAUGAUGGCUUCCCCGAUCUCGUCGAAACCAUCAACAACCAAGCCGAACUUCUGACAAUUGGCCAUGACGUUGAUAUAACUACAUCUGGCGAUAUAGAACAGGCACGUCGAAACCAGAAGGCGGAAACUCGGCUUCCAUCGGAGUUGUGGACCAUAAUAUUCGACUACGUCGGCGACUGGGAAGUUGCACAAUCAAUCGGCAUCUAUACCAACCUGCCCAUACCGAGGGAAUGGGAGCAUCGCGAAUCCCCGAAGGAUGAACUCCACGAGUACAUUCGCUCUCUCGAAUCCACAAUCCUUACCAAGCCUGUACCGCGCGUUAUUGAAAAGCUCGACCAGGCCCCAAAGAGCAUGGAAUACCUGUCAUCACUAUGCGUCAAGCUUAUCAUCAAAUUCUGUCUCACAGACGUCCUCUCGUAUCUCGAAACCAAAUUCCGCGAGGUCUUUUGGACAUCCUUUGGCGGAAAACUACUCCCGACUAAAGCGUCGGCGGUUUAUGGAAGAAAUGAGAUUCUAGAGUGGUGGCGAACCUCUGCCUCCUUUCUCAAGAAAGACUAUACAGAUGAAGCCAUAGAUGGAGCCUCCAAGUCAGGCUUCGUACACGUGCUUGACUGGUGGAAAAAGUCCGGCCUACCGCUGAAAUACAGCGAGGCGGCGUUGGAGCAGGCGAGCAGCAAGGGACAUAUCCUCGUCCUAGAAUGGUGGAAGGAAGCGAGCAUGCACCAAGGCGCAUAUAUCCUUGAGCCCGAGUCGAAGAACCCCUCAGCUCGGCGCACAAUCUCCUCAUACUUGUACGAACCAGCGUCGCCGAGUUUCGACUCGCAGUCGAUGGAUGUCGGACUUGCGCCGCUGAGGCUGAAGGUUGGCAAGUCAGUCCUGUACGCAGCUCAAAAUGGGCAAAACCGUGUUGUGCACUGGUGGGAUACGUCUGGGAUUCCGUACUCGCACUCUGACUCUGUGGCACGCCUUGCAUCAGCCUAUGGCCAUGUUGACGUGUUAGAGACGUGGAAGAGCCUUAAGGGGAGCAAGUUUGCCAUGAGCUAUGAUAAUCAGGUGCUUGUUGGGCCGACAAAGAAUGGGUUUGUGCGGGUGCUGGAGUGGUGGCGGCGGCAGACUAGUGGAGAGGACUGGGGGUGGGACGGGAAGAGGUUGAAGGUAGAGUAUAAGACUUGCGACAUUGAGGAGGCGCUGGAGGAUAGUGUGCGCCUGGCUGGUGGAGAGGGAGAGGACGAAGUAAGGAAGUGGUGGGCGAGGAACGGGCUCAAUCUCGGGGUGGGCACCAGCGAAUGGAUGGAGAUCAAGACUCUAUGA